AUGAAUAACCUAUAUAUAAUAAAGAUAAUAACAGAUUUAGAAAACCUAGACCAGAAGGAUAAAUACCAAGAAGAGAUUUGCAAAAGAACCUGCGAACUUAAAUUACUUGAAAAACUCUAUAAGAAAUUUGAAAAUAAAGAAAUUUAUAAUCUAGAACAGGACUCAGAAUAUGAACA